AUGCGUCCGUGGUCUCUCAUAUCACCAGCAUCCCGAGGCAUUGGCCUCGCCUUGACGAGACAGGUGUUGCAAACCACCAAUGUCCCCGUCGUCGCAACCGCGAGGAAAGACCUCGAUGCCGUCAAGAGGGAUAUCCUGAAAGGUCUUGACGUCAAUCCCGAUAGAUUGAAAAUGCUCGAAGUGGACUUUUUAGAGGAAUCCACACUUGCAGCCGCCGCCGCAGCAUGCAAAGAAGCAUUCCCCCUCGACUCCCACCACCUCCACCUAUCAUUCAUCCUGCCGGGCAUCCUAUUCCCUGAGAAAUCCCCCGCGCAAAUCGACGCAGACUCCACGCUUCUCACCUUCCGCACCAACACGAUCGGCCCCAUGCUAAUGCUCAAGCACUUCUCGCCCUUCCUCCCCCGGAAAGCCAGCAAACAGAAUGCCAAAAGCAGCAAUCGUAGCAGCGAGGAAGACGGCCCCUCCGCACUCCACGAGGGCCUCCCACCCAGCGCCAUCAUGGCCCUGAUGUCCGCGCGCGUGGGCAGCGUGUCGGACAACCGGCUCGGCGGCUGGUACUCGUACCGCGCGUCCAAGGCGGCCGUCAACCAGGUCGUCAAGACGUUCGACAACCACCUGCGCAACACGAGCGGGGACCGCGCCUUCGCGGUCGGACUGCACCCGGGCACGGUGAAGACGGAGUUCAGCAGGGAGUUUUGGGGCAAUGUGAGGGAGGGUAAACUGUUUGGGGCGGAUCAUGCUGCGGAGAGGUUGCUGGACGUUAUUAAGGGGAUUGGGGUGGAGGGGAGGGGGAGGUGUUGGGAUUGGGAGGGGAAGGAGGUUUUGCCUUGA